UCUCAGGUUCGAGCGGGAAACGCCAGCUAGCUCGGUCGGCUAAUCUCAGUCUGAGCCCCGUUGUUGUGUACGGUCAGGCCAGUUAGCCACGAAAGCAACUACGGUAGCAUAAGUAAAGGGUGAAAUAAUGUCAACGGGGAAAAAAACAAUGAAGAGAAAACACAUGGAUGAAAAAGACAUCAAAUGUUUUGAUUUCAACGAGGAAAAGGACAAGAAAGAGAUGAGCGGCUCAGACAACUACGUCACAGAUGAAACUGUGGACAAGUCAUCAAAGAGACCUGUGGCUGAAUGUACAGUGGAGGAGUCUGUCACUGCUGUCGGCAACGAGGUUCAUUCGAUGCUGGAGCGAUUUGGAGCCGACAUCAGCAAAGUGAUGCAGGCCAAGAAGAAACGUCUAGAGAACCUCACCAAGAACUACAUGAAGGGAAGUCAACAGAAACUGGAGCAGCUGUGGAACAACCACCACAGCCAGAGACAGAAGAUCACUCAACAGUACAGUCAACAGGUGAACACAGCCCUCCAGCAGUGGGAGACUGAGGCCCAGAGAGCUGAAGAGCAGGAGGAGAAGCUCAACAAUCUGUUCCGGCAGCAGCAGAAAAUCCUGCAGCAGGCCAGAGUGAUGCAGAGCCAGAAGCUGAAGAAGGUCCGGGAGCUGUACGAGCAGUUUGUCAAGAACAUGCAGGAAAUGGAGAAGACUCAUGAGUCCUUCCUGCAGGGGGCGCAGCAGGAGCUAAAGAAGGAAAUGAACACACUGCAGAAGAAGAUCCUCAUGGACAUGCAGCAGCAGGAGAUGGCCACCGUCCGAAAAUCUCUGCGGUCCAUGCUCUUCUAAACGUUUCCUUUGUUCCUCCUUAAUGUUCUGUUGUGGUUCUGUUACUGUUCUUGAGCUCAUUAUUUAUGAAUGACAAAUAAAGACGUUGUCUGAAA